UGGUUGUAGAAGACCAUUAAUUAUUUGUAUCAGUAUUGGAGGAUGAUGGGGAGGUUUGGAGGCCUUGUCUUUGUGCUCCUUUGCUUAACUGCUAUAACUGCAACAUCCAACACUGAAGGGGACAUUCUUAAUGCAUGGAAAGCUGUGCUGAAAGACCCCAAUGGAGUGCUCAAGACCUGGGAUCCGACACUGGUCAAUCCUUGUACAUAUUUUCAUGUCACUUGCAAUCUCGAAAAUAGUGUGACUAGACUGGAUCUUGAGAGUGCUGGACUAUCAGGACCUCUUAUACCUCAGCUGGGAGACCUAUCCAAUCUCCAAUACUUGGAAGUAUACAACAAUAGCAUCAGCGGAGCGAUUCCAGUGGAAUUCGGAAAGUUAAAUAAGCUUCUGAGUUUGGAUUUGUAUAUGAACAAACUCUCGGGUCCAAUUCCAUCAAGUCUUGGCAACUUAACAUCUUUGCGUUUUUUGAGAUUGAAUAAUAACAAGUUGUCCGGAAUAAUACCCAUCGAAGUGUUGGGUCUUAUAUCUUAUGGCAGUCUGCAGAUAAUGAAUGUUGCAGACAAUCAUUUGGCAGGGUCAGUCCACAAAAAUAAGUCAGGAAUUGUAACGACGACAAUAAUCCAAGACGCAAAAGUAUAUUAGGUGGUGAAAUGUGGUCAUGAAAAUCGCUAUCGUCAUCCUUGUUAUGUUAUGUUAUAUAAUUGUGACGGACCACCAAGUAAUUUGAAUAAACAGUUUCAACAAUGUAUUUUGGUGAUUUCAUUUUGUAUCAAAUAAUACUCCAUAAUCAAAGUAUUUUGUUUUGUUU